AUGGCGGCGCCGUGGCCGCUGCCGGUGCUGGCGCUGCUGGCGGCGGGGGCGGCGCUGGGCGAGGCCGGGGGGCUCUGCCGGGGGGGAACCGGCACCGGCACCGGCGCCAGGGCCGGUGACACUGAGAGCUGCCGCGUGAGCCUGACCCUGGAGCACUCCUUCGAGCUGGAUGACGUUCCGCGGUUCCGCCGCCGGGGGUCGCUGUCGCUGAGCUGGGGCCCCGAGCCCGCGCUGGCGCUGGCGCAGAAACCGCUGGGGGAGGAGGAGAGAGCGCGGCUCAGGGAGGUGGCAGCGCGGGACGGGCUGUACCGCGUGCGCGUCCCCCGCAGGCCCCCGGGCCCUGGUGAGGACGGGGACACCGAGUUUGUCACCUCCUUCGUGAGGGCGUGUGCCCUGCUGGAGUCGCACCUGUCGGACCAGCUGUCCCUGCACCUGGACGUGGCCGGGCACGUGGUGGCCCUGGCCGUGGUGGCCGCCCCUGGCACCUGCAGGGGCACCUGGGUGCAGGACGAGCACCUGGAGCUCUUCAACACCUCGGUGGCGCUGAGACAGCCCCAGCCCCGGCCACGU